AUAUACUGUAUCACACUGUGCUGCUAAUUGGUGCGACUACGUACAGUUCCACCCGCACAUGCCUGCACGGUCGGUACUUAGUCUGACAUCUUUCUGUUGUGUAGGUCAAGUACCACGGCCUACUUCUACACAAACAAUCAAUCACACCUGUUUAUUCAAGAAUUCAUCUCUUUUUCAUCCCGGACCGGAUUUUCAGCAUAGAUCCCGACCAACUACGUUUCCAUUGUGGCAGCAUCAUCUUGGAACCCCUGGAGUCCUGGUCUGAGACAUUCUUCAAUUACCAAAAUCAUGGACUCGGUGCUUCCAAUGAGUCCCAAUAGAAAGGAUAAAACUUCUAAGCAACCUACAGAAUGGACCUUACCGGCCUCGAUCAGCCAUAAAAACAUAAAAUUAGAAAAGAGCAUAUUACAAGAGGUACUACAGAUGACUAGUCUGGGCUCCCACGGUUGUCUAUUUGAACAUUGUACCGUCACCGGCAUCGCGCUCUAUUCCAACACACUCGGAUAUGAUUCCAGCGAAGAAUUGAGUCUCCUAAUUAAGAUAUUUCGCAAUUUAAAACAGUACUCGCCAAAGGGCGGUCUUACCUCCCUACAUCUUCGUGUCGCUGUCGGUUCGGAGGGUCCGGAUAAGAUGCUUGUUGAGCCGGAUGAAUUUAUUUCAUGGGGACCAAUUUGGAGCGCGGCGCAACGUACUUUUACCAUCGUUAUGGAGGCCCUUGACGAAACACAGCUACCCAUACUUGAACACCUAGACAUCUUUGACGGAAUUCAAGGCUGUAGCUUGGCAUCCGAUGUUUUCAUGUCCUUUGCUGAAGGGUUUCCUUACACGGAUCUCUUCGGGACCUUAAAGAAAUUAUCGCUCAGCUUAUCGUUGCCAUACGAGAUCCGGACAGACGAAACCGAAAGGGAUAACCCUCUAUUAUACUAUCGGACCAACGCCCGAGUCGGGGACCUACUCAUACCCCAGGAUAUUUUCGCAGUAUCUCGUCUCAUGCCAAAAUUAGAAAGUCUCAACUUACAUUGGUAUAAUAUCCGGAACCAUGCCAUUCCUCGCCCAAAUCGCAGGCUUCUUCUGGGGGAUUGUUUGAAUGAGCGCUCUAUGCGACUCAAGGAGUGCACUCUACGCGGACUUGAAAUAUCCCAAGACUAUAUAUUAGAUUUUAUUCAGACCAUUCAAGCCCCAUCAGUAACACUUAGAAAUAUCAACCUCAUAUUCGGGACAUAUAAGCGUCUAUUCGCAUACAUGGCCAGCCCAGAUAGCCCAAUAACGUCCUAUCAUCUGGAAGACCUUCGUGAAGGGCUUCAAGUCGUAUUCUUCGACGUACCCGGGGAGCCUAGACACCAAUACACCGAUUUAGGCAUAGGUCCAAGCAUCCUUACACGAGGGCCAGACAAAGUUAAGAAACCUCUCACUUACAGGUUUGCGAUGGGCAGAUGCAUCGAACCAAUAGAUCUAAUACGAUGGAGGAUUGCUUAUAGAGCGGAAUAUGGUUCGCCGGUGAACAGUAGGCCUUAUGAUUUUGUUGCGAUGAACUCGCCUCUACCUGAAUCUGAAGACCCGCCAAAUACAACCGUUGGGAGAAGAAGACGACGUAGGUAGCGAGCGAUGUCCUCACUCGGUACCUAACAUUCAACCGCUCUACGUCCCAUGUGGGUGUGAGAAACUACCGGUUCCGGGCUUAAUACGUUUACUAGCUGGAAUAGAAUAAGGAUUUUCUAUGAAAAAUAGUAUUGAGAAGUGGAAA